GCACAAUUUGACGCCAUUUUGUAACGCAAGUUUGUCAUUGAUUUUCCUUGAAAGAGUGUUUUGAGCCAAAAUUACUCAAAACAACAAGAAUUAGUGUUUAAAAAUGGAACAGAUACCUAGGACCCAUGAGGAUAUCGAAGCCCAAAUUCGUGAAAUUCAGUCUAAAAAGAAGGAAAUUCCUGUCGAAGAGGAGAGAAAUGAGAAGGGUGUAGGUUUAGGCGAGAGUGGCUACUUUGAUAGUGAAAUCUAUGAUGGGGGCGGCGGUAAGGGUAAAUACGAAGGUUAUGUGACCUCCAUCGCCGCCAAUGAUGACGCUGAUGAAGAGGACGAUGAUGUGGGUUAUAGUCAGAAAAGGACCGGACUGGGGGCCCCUGUAGCUCUUCUCAAUGAUGUUGCUCAGAGCGACAAGGAUUUUGAUCCAUUUGCUGACAAAAGGAGGCCCACGAUUGCAGAUAGAGAAGAUGAAUACAGACAAAAGAGGCGUCGGAUGAUUAUUUCACCCGAACGUGUUGAUCCGUUCGCUGACGGUGGCAAAACACCAGACAUCAAUGCCCGCGGUUACACCCAGAUUAUGAAAGAGCAGAUGCUCAAAGGAGAAGAAAAUGAGUUGAGAAAGAAAAUUCUGGAAAAAUCCAAAGACGGCUCACUUAAAUCAACAAACGGUGAGGUGAAAAGUGCACCCAAGAAAAGGGGGCGUUGGGAUCAAACCGUAGACGAAGUCGUUGUUCCCAGCAAGAAGAAAACUCUGUCAGUAACGACUAACAGUGGAGCUGCUACCCCUAUUUGGGAUGCUGACAAAACUCCAGCCGACCAUCGCUGGGACGAAACCCCCGGCCACAAGGGCAGUGAAACUCCAGGAGCAACACCUGGUCAAUCCACCCGUAUUUGGGAUGCGACUCCUGGAGCUGCAACUCCCGGUCGUGAAACUCCCGCCCAUGACAAGAGUGCCAGUCGUCGUAACCGCUGGGAUGAAACUCCCAAAACUGAGCGUGAAACUCCAGGACAUUCGAGCGGCUGGGCUGAAACUCCGAGGACUGACCGGACUGGUGCUGAUUUGAGUCACGAAACACCGACUCCGGGUGCGUCAAAACGCAGGUCUCGUUGGGAUGAAACUCCUUCUCUUCAAACGCCGUCAGCGCACAUGACUCCGGGUGCUAUGACUCCACAAACGCCGCAUGGAACACCGAGUCAUGCAACUCCGAUGUUGACUCCAGGCGGGUCGACUCCGGUGGGAGUGAAGGCGAUGGCCAUGGCGACGCCCACUCCGGGACAUUUGGCGUCCAUGACUCCAGAGCAGUUGCAAGCAUAUCGAUGGGAGAGGGAGAUUGAUGAAAGAAAUAGACCGUAUUCAGAUGAAGAGUUGGAUGCUAUGUUUCCACCAGGAUAUAAGAUUUUGGCUCCUCCAGCUGGUUAUAUACCCAUCAGGACCCCAGCGAGGAAAUUGACGGCUACGCCUACACCCAUGGUUAAUACUCCCCAAGGAUUUUUCAUCCAACAGGAGGAUAAAACGGCCAAAUAUAUGGAUAAUCAGCCCAAGGGUCAGAAUUUGCCGUUCAUGAAACCAGAAGAUGCACAGUAUUUUGACAAAUUAUUGGUCGAUGUUGAUGAAGAAGCUUUGAGUCCUGAAGAACAGAAAGAAAGAAAAAUUAUGAAACUGCUCCUGAAGAUUAAAAACGGAACCCCUCCAAUGAGAAAAGCCGCUUUGAGGCAAAUUACAGAUAAGGCUCGCGAAUUUGGUGCGGGGCCUCUAUUUAACCAAAUUUUACCUCUCUUGAUGAGUCCAACUCUGGAAGACCAAGAACGUCAUUUAUUAGUCAAAGUUAUAGACCGGAUUUUGUACAAAUUGGACGAUUUGGUUCGUCCCUACGUCCACAAAAUAUUGGUAGUAAUUGAGCCUUUACUUAUUGACGAAGAUUACUACGCGCGUGUUGAAGGCCGUGAAAUUAUCUCAAAUUUGGCUAAAGCCGCCGGGUUGGCAACCAUGAUUUCGACCAUGCGACCUGAUAUUGACAACAUAGAUGAAUACGUCCGAAAUACAACAGCUCGGGCGUUUGCCGUUGUCGCUUCGGCUUUGGGAAUCCCCUCAUUGUUACCGUUUUUGAAAGCUGUCUGUCGGUCGAAAAAAUCAUGGCAGGCCCGGCAUACCGGAAUUAAAAUCGUCCAACAGAUCGCCAUUUUGAUGGGGUGUGCCAUUUUGCCACACUUGAAAUCAUUGGUUGAGAUUAUAGAGCACGGUUUGGUUGACGAGCAGCAAAAAGUUCGCACAAUUACGGCAUUGGGUAUUGCGGCAUUAGCCGAGGCUGCAACACCAUAUGGUAUUGAGAGUUUUGAUUCGGUGCUUAAACCUCUAUGGAAAGGUAUUAGAACGCAUCGCGGGAAAGGUUUAGCUGCAUUUUUGAAAGCUAUUGGUUAUUUGAUUCCACUUAUGGACGCUGAGUAUGCUAAUUAUUACACAAGGGAAGUAAUGUUGAUUUUGAUUCGAGAGUUUCAAUCGCCGGAUGAAGAAAUGAAGAAGAUUGUUCUAAAAGUGGUGAAGCAAUGUUGCUCGACUGAUGGUGUUGAGCCUCAAUAUAUCAAAGAAGAAAUUCUUCCACAGUUCUUCAAACAUUUUUGGAAUCACAGAAUGGCUCUGGAUAGGCGGAAUUAUCGUCAAUUAGUCGACACAACUGUUGAAAUUGCUAAUAAAGUCGGCGCUUCUGAGAUAAUCAACCGAAUUGUGGACGAUUUGAAGGAUGAGAAUGAGCAGUAUAGGAAAAUGGUUAUGGAGAGUAUUGAAAAAAUCAUGGGUAAUUUAGGAGCGGCCGAUGUUGAUUCGCGAUUGGAGGAACAAUUGAUUGAUGGCAUUUUGUAUGCUUUCCAAGAACAAACAACUGAGGAUGUAGUCAUGUUGAACGGUUUUGGUACCAUCGUCAACCAAUUAGGAAAAAGAGUCAAGGCUUACUUGCCCCAAAUUUGCGGUACUAUCCUUUGGAGACUGAACAAUAAGUCGGCAAAAGUCCGUCAGCAAGCUGCUGAUUUGAUAUCGCGAAUCGCAGUCGUGAUGAAGACUUGUCAAGAGGAGAAACUCAUGGGUCACUUGGGGGUCGUACUGUACGAAUAUUUGGGUGAGGAGUACCCUGAAGUUUUAGGUUCGAUUUUGGGUGCCUUAAAGGCUAUUGUGAACGUCAUCGGGAUGACCAAAAUGACUCCGCCUAUUAAAGAUUUACUUCCACGUUUGACUCCAAUUUUGAAAAAUCGACACGAGAAAGUACAAGAGAAUUGUAUCGAUUUAGUUGGCCGGAUUGCCGAUAGAGGACCGGAGUAUGUCUCUGCACGUGAAUGGAUGCGAAUUUGUUUCGAGUUGCUGGAAUUGUUGAAGGCACAUAAAAAAGCAAUUCGGCGCGCGACUGUCAACACUUUUGGUUACAUUGCUAAAGCCAUAGGUCCACACGACGUACUCGCCACCCUUUUGAAUAAUUUGAAAGUGCAAGAGCGUCAAAAUAGGGUUUGCACGACUGUAGCUAUAGCUAUAGUCGCCGAGACGUGUUCGCCAUUUACUGUUUUACCAGCUUUGAUGAAUGAGUACAGAGUUCCGGAAUUGAAUGUCCAAAAUGGCGUUUUGAAGUCGCUUUCGUUCUUGUUUGAGUACAUAGGAGAAAUGGGAAAAGACUAUAUUUAUGCUGUAGCACCCCUGCUCGAGGAUGCGCUGAUGGAUAGGGAUUUGGUGCACAGACAGACGGCUUGUGCGGCUAUUAAACAUAUGGCCUUGGGUGUAUAUGGCUUCGGUUGUGAGGAUGCCUUGAUUCAUCUGCUGAAUUAUGUGUGGCCAAAUAUAUUCGAAACAUCGCCACAUUUAGUGCAAGCAUUUAUGGAUGCUAUUGAGGGCAUGAGGGUGGCCUUAGGGCCAAUUAAGAUUUUGCAGUAUACGUUACAGGGGUUGUUUCAUCCAGCAAGAAAAGUAAGAGAUGUUUAUUGGAAGAUUUAUAAUUCUUUGUAUAUUGGCGGACAAGAUGCGCUAGUUGCCGGGUAUCCCAGGAUUGCAAAUGAUCCUAAAAAUCAGUACAUUAGAUAUGAAAUGGAUUAUGUUUUGUAACUUUAAUGUAGCAGGUGGCUUGUAAGGAUAUUACACUUUUUUAAUUAAUAAUGAAUGUUAUUCUAAUGAAUAAAUAAAUAUGUUUGAGUCCAA